AUGGACAUGAUACUGAUCUCUAUGUGCUUAACAACUCUUUUAGCUUUUCUGUUCCUAAAGCCACUCCUUAUCAAACGAGCCAACAAAACAAACCUUAAUCCACCACCAUCUCCAUGGCGGUUUCCAAUUAUCGGAAACCUUCACCAGCUAAGUCUAAAUCCUCACCGCUCCCUCCAUUCUCUUAGCCUUCACUAUGGGCCACUAAUGCUCCUUCACUAUGGCCGUGUCCCCAUCCUUGUAGUCUCAUCCGCUGAGUAUGCUCAUGAAGUCAUGAAAACACAUGACAUAAAAUUUUCUAAUAGGCCAAAAUCAAGAGUGGCCGAGAAACUUUUUAAUGGUGGGAGAGAUUUGGCCUUGGCCCCCUAUGGAGAAUAUUGGAGGCAGUUUAAGAGUAUAUGCGCUAUGAACCUCCUUAGCAACAAAACUGUACGGUCGUUUGGGAAUAUAAGAGAAGAAGAGAUCAACGGGAUGAUGGGGAAACUUGAGAAGGCCAAUUCCUCCUCUUCACCGGUUAAUCUAAGCGAAAUCCUCAUGACUCUUACAAAUGAUGUAAUGACUAGAGUUGUUUUGGGAAGAAAAUAUAGCAGCGAGGAGGGUGGCAAAAAUUCCAAGAACAUAGUAAGGAGACUGAUGGAGCUUAUGGGCGCUUUCCCUAUCGGUGAAUACAUUCCUAGUUUGGCAUGGAUAGACAAGAUUCGAGGUUUCGAUAAGAAAUUGGAAAGAGUAAAAAAUGAGAUCCAAAGUUUUUUGGAAAAGGUGGUUGAAGAACAUGUAGAUGCAGAUGAAAACAGAUCAGACUUCACUGAUAUGUUGCUUUCUAUUCAAAACGAUAAAACAACGCCUAUCGAGCUUGACAAAACCGCUCUUAAAAACCUUCUGUUGGAUAUGUUGUUUGGGGGAGCAUCAACAACUUUCACUCUUAUAGAAUGGACUAUGACUGAGCUUAUGAGACAUCCAGAGUGUAUGAAGAAACUCCAAGACGAGAUUCGUUCUGUUUCGAAGAAUAGUUCAUAUGUAUCGGAGAAAGAAGUUGUGCAUAUGAACUAUUUAAAUUUUGUGAUCAAGGAGGUUCUUCGGCUACAUCCUUCAGGUCCACUAAUUCCGCGUCUACUGAGUGAAGAUGUCAAGAUGAAGGGAUAUGACAUAGCUGGGGGAACACAAGUGCUAAUCAAUGUAUGGGCGAUCCAACGAGACAUUUCGACUUGGGGCGCAGACGCAGAAGAGUUUAGGCCUGAGAGGCAUUUGGAUUCACUUGUUGAUUUCCAAGGUAAAAAUUUUAAGUACUUUCCAUUUGGAUCAGGGAGAAGGCAAUGUCCUGGAAUAGGAUUUGCACUGGCCUUAGCUGAGCUUACCAUUGCCAACCUUGUAAACCAAUUUGACUGGAGAGUUAAGAUAGGACCAUUUGGAGAUGAUAAGCCUGAUCUAGCUGAAGCAAAUGGUAUUGAUGUUUGUCGCAAGUUUCCUCUUAUUGUCUAUCCACAUUCUAAUUUAUUUUCCAUGUAAUAGUACUCAAUUUUAAAUUUUAACUCUAAA